AAAAUGAUUCGCUAUUGCGUCGCAUCUUGCCGUGAGCAUGUUUUGACAUCAAAAUAACCUCUUUGGCAUAAAAAUAACGACAAAUAACGUGAUUAGCUUGUUUCCUGGAUCGUAUGUGCAGAAGUCAGAAGUUAUUAUUGCGCUGCCAAUCGCCGCCAUCUUGGUUUAUCAUAUCUCUCCUUUCCCCUUGAGCUCCAACUCCGCCGCAAUAUGCUCCGUCCAGAUAUUUCAUACGUCCAUGAUCUCGUCUUUUUAGCUUUGUUCCUCUCUUUAUUCCCUUUAUUCCUAUGUUCGUGGAAAAAAAACCUCGUGUGUUGCAGGCUUUAGUUUUUCGAUGAAUACCUUUUAGCAGGAGACGCGAAAGUCAUUAUGUCUUUAUUCGAUAUUCAUAAUGAGAUUGCAUAAAUGGAAAAACGGAAUAACUCCUUGACAGAAUGAUUUCUGAAUGGCUCAGAAUGAUUCUGAAAAGCUUUCCGCAGAAGGGAUAGGAAAGGGGAGUGGUGAAUGAAGGAGGAUAAUAUCAGUUGUAAUCUCAGUAUAGUAUCAAUACCGCACGUGUUCGUAAGUACCAACACUUUCCAAAGUCAGUACAUACGUAUCGCCGGUGGUCCCCACUCUGAAGCGCGCUCGCAAAAACGGUGGAAAGCGAUAGUUGUGAUAGAGAGCAUGUAGCGGUGCGUCCAAGAUUUUCGCCGUCGGUCGAUACGUGUGUAGAGCGCGAGGAGCAGAGUAGAUUCGUGUGUACUGCAAAUGGUGCAUCGCGAAUUCUCAUAAAGUAAGUGCUAUCGUCGUAAGUUUGGUCGCAGCAGGAGGCGCAGGAGCGCUUCCAUCACACUCCCGAUAUUACCGCGUAAAGCCGGAUCCAAAUCGAGCAUGGCAGGUGCGAGUGAACAUUCCGACAAACACGAACGAUAUCAUCGCAUCGUGGCGGCGGAGCAAGCCGUUCAUUCACAUUCGUUCGCGCUUGGUUUGCGGACAAGCUCGGAUUUUCAUCUGGAUGGGACGUUCGAAUUAGCGAGUUGCGUCUGAUGAAAAUUAGAAAGAAAAUGAGAAGAACAUUGAAAAAAAUUAAACAAUAGUAAUGAAAAUUCCUAGAAUGAACUCUGCAUCGCACUUAAUUGUAGCUAUAUAAGCUAUAUACAUAUAUAGCUGGCAAUUGCUGAGAAAUAUUUUUCUACUGAUAAAUUCAGUUAAAAGAAAAAGGGGAAAAAUCGUUUUAUUAUUAAAAGUUUAGAAACUCUGACCAAAAAUCUAAAAGAAAUGAUCACAGGAUUUGCUUGCUGAUUGUGAAUAAAGAUUCACGCAAGAGUACAUUCGCGCGUGUGCAACAAGUUGCAUGUGCAAUCAAAGGAAACAAACCUUUAAAAUUAUAUGCACAAAUGACUAAAAAUAAAUUUAUAUAUUCUCAUUAUUCAUUUUCAAAAGUUUUAUUAUCAUUUGAAUGUUGUUAUAAGUAUCUUCAUGCUUUAGUUUUCCAUCGAAAAGAGUUAACUUCGCAUAUAUGCUUAGAAAUCCAGAUAAUUCAGAGACAUCCGAUACAGUUGACCCAUAAGAAUUAACAGCGCGGACGGGGAAGCAUCGUUAAGAAGCCUGGUCGCGAGUGAACCAAUUGGCGGGUGUCAUUGCGAUUCGGCGGAAAUAGCUGGCGGCGCGUCACGGUGUUUACCGCAUCGCGUACUUAAUAAUCGCUCAUCCGACGACAGCCAAUCGGAACGGAAGAAAACCGGCGGCGGUCGGCGUAUAUUUAGCGUGUCGAAGUCACGGAUUUCACGGAACGCGCCACACGGACACGCGACCGUCAUCGUCGGAGUGUGCCGCCUCUCACCACACACGCGCGCGUCCGGCGCACUCGCGCUCACCGAUUAUGCAAUUGAGCCGUAAUAUUUCGCGACCGCGGCUUUGCUGUCGCUUACGAACGAGGAGAGUCACGUAUUGUCGAUUACGAUCGACUGCGUGUGCGUGUCUCCUUGCGCGACGGUGAAUGCGCGUCCAUGCGGCAUGCGCACGAAUUCGGAAUCCAUAUCGGUGCACGCGGAACGACACAUGUAUGCGCGUGCGUGUGAUCACUUUUUGCAACAUUUCAAAAGCUACUUGUCAUUGUAUGAGAAUAAUGAUUCUUUCUUGCGGAAAAUGAGCAAAAAUAAGACGUAGAAAAAGUGACUUUAUCUCUAUGACGAAAAUGGCAUGUGCUAUAUAUAUGAUAGGAGUGCUGCUAUUGGGAGGAGCAGCAGCUUGGACCAUCGAUAUUGUACCUAACAUAACUGUACAUAUGAAUGAAGUAAUAUCAAUCCCAUUCAGCGUACAUGACAGCUUAUUGUAUCCACAUACAUGGGUAGUUAGUACAGACCGACAUAUUGCAACAGCAAGUUUUCAAGAGAUAACGUCAAACCAAACUUCUUUUAAUGGUAUUUUAAAUAUUACUGGCGUAUUCCUUGGUAGGACGAAAUUAACGUUCACUAUGACAAAAAUGACGAAUAAAAGCCAGGAAGUAUCUUUUAUUACCGUAAUACGACAGGAACGCAUCAUAGACACUAUAUUUACUGCCAGUGUAGCAGUACUUGUAUCCAUUUUGUAUAUUAAUUUCGGCUGCGCCAUGGAUUGGGGCGUAUGCCGCGAUACAUUAAAAAAACCAAUAGGUCCAGCCAUAGGUUUCGUCUGCCAGUUUUUGACAAUGCCAUUGUUAAGUUUUCUCAUUGGAUAUCUUUUAUUUCCUGAUCGUCCUGAACUGCAAAUAGGUAUGUUUUUCACAGGAAUAAGUCCAAGCGGUGGCGCUUCUAAUAUAUGGACACUGUUACUUGAUGGCAAUUUGAAUCUUUCAAUUACAAUGACCACUAUAUGUACUAUAGCUGCAUUUGGAAUGAUGCCAUUUUGGGUCUUUGCAUUGGGUAGAUAUAUUUUUGCAGAGGCAGAAAUCGCAGUUCCGUAUCGCCAUAUCGGAACUUUAAUGGCUGGUCUCAUGAUUCCAUUGGCCAUAGGAUUUUUCAUUCAAAAAAAGUUUCCAAGGGUAUCGAAGAUAUUGGUCCGAAUAAUGAAACCUUUUUCUGUGAUUUUAAUUUUAUUCAUCAUUAUAUUUGCUAUCACGACUAAUCUAUACCUGUUCCAACUGUUUUCGUGGGAAAUUGUAGUCGCAGGAAUGGGCUUACCCUGGUUAGGUUUUACAUUUGGCUUUGUAAUAGCGUAUAUCUGCAAGCAACCUCAAGCUGACAUACGGGCAAUAGCCAUUGAAACUGGUAUUCAAAAUACGGGCGUGGCGAUAUUUUUGUUACGAUUUACAUUGAAGUCACCCGCUGAUGACCUAACUACUGUGGUUCCUGUGUCUGCCGCGAUAAUGACACCAAUACCAUUAGUAAUUUUAUUUAUAAUAAAAUUGAUUUAUCGAUAUAGAAAGAAAACAAAAACGGAAGUGACACUAGAUCCUGUUCCGUCGUUAGAAAAACUCCAACAAACUACAGAUAUCGGCACGAUCACACAAGUGAAUGAUUCUAGAAUUAUAUUUGAUCGUGCAGAAUAAUAAUUCAUUGUG